CCAGGACAGGAGGAACAGUGAGACAUCGAGGCCUCUGACAGGAGGGGAGAAAUUAGGAAAUGUGAGAUAUCUGACAGGAGGGGGAAAGGAGGGACAGUGAGGUGUCUGACCCCAGCUCCCAUUCAGCUCCUUCUGGUCCCACAAUCUUCUGUCUUCUUUCUGCUUCCAAGACUCAGUGCUCAAUGCAGGACCUGCCCACUCAGCCAAACAUCGGCCAAUAUUGAAGACCACUGCGGCCAGUGAUUGGCUAAGUGGGCAGGUCCUGUAAAGUCAAUGCCAAGCUCUAAUCUCUAAAGCAGGAAGAAGGCAGGAGAUUUGCAGAGAUGCAUUGCAGAGAGAGAUGAAUUAUGCUACAAGAGCUGAUAGGCAGAAAAGGAGAUGGCCUGCCAAUAGAGCUGCUUUGCAGAGAGGGAGAAACUUUUGCCAUACAGCUGAACUGUUCCAAUAAGCUGGGCUAUAAUAUGUUGCUGUUUCUGUAUCCAAUUUGAAGAUAACCGUAUGACAGCCAUUUUCAUUCCACUGUUCCUGUUGUUUGCUGUUUUUUUUCAAGUAAAGAGUUAUCUGUAACUACAGUCAAUUUGUUCUCCGACCCCCUACGCAGCAGCUCCCAGCAUGUGUUAACAGUCAUAGGCUAUCAGGGCAUGCUGGGAAUUGUAACAUGGGAGCAGCAGAAGAGUCUUGGGUAGGCCUCACUGCACUGUAUACACAAGCUGAUGACCUUAUUGUGCUAUAUGGACUCCGUGAUGACCUGUAUGGAGUUAAACUCUGCACCGACUGCGUCCCCAGCUCCUUCUAAAGUUCCUCUCACAAGUGCAGUUUCACAUGCCAGCACCGCCAAAGCCCCCACCAACACUGGUGGCCACGCUGUGUCUUCUACAACCUUAGGUCAUGGUACCGCAACUGGAGUGAAAAGCACUGGUUCACCUCGAGUCAUCACCAGUGGAGCAACAGCCCACACCACCGCCCGCCCAUCCAACACCAGCUCAGCAGGUGGAGCAACAGCCCACACCACCGUCCGCCCAUCCAACACAAGCUCAGGAUCAGUCAAUGGAAGCCAUGUUUCCGGAGCAACCCCAGCCGUGACCCCAAAAGCUAACGCUCAAACAAGUGCCGUCACUGGAAGCCACUCAAAUGUCAGUGCCAGUACCGGAAAAGUCAACACUUCCUCCAAACCUGCCACCUCAAACUCCCAACCUCACGCCUCAUCCGGAAAUAGGCCUUCAGUAGUCAGCGGGCUCCUGGUCAACCCCUGCCCGAAUCAGUGCCCCAAUGGUAUUGGUGGAAAUCCCCCAUGUGUUUGUGCCGUCCCACUUGUAUAAAGCUGCAGACGGAACAUACCCCGAAUGGCGCCACGAUCUCUCCUCUAUACGUAGACCUUGCGACUUCAUCCCUGGGAACAGGGGCUUCCACCUUUUUUUUUUGUAAAUAAAUUAUAUCAGCAUAAAACCUCGUAUCCUUGUCUCUGUGCUGG